ACUAUAUAUCUUCCUUUAUACGUAAUGUUUAGGACAGGAAAAGCACACCGUAACCACUAUGAGCCUUUUUGUCUUUGACAGGGCUGAUUUCAAUAGAUCCCAGCUGCAGAAGGCAUUCCAAUUGCAGCUUCGCAAAAUCAGCGCUGAGAUUCAUCCGUCGUGCCUUGAGCCCUAGCUAGCCAAAAGAAAAAGGGUGAUCUGCCCUGACCCAGACAGUUGAUGAUGUGUGGUCUCGUCUCGUUCUUAUCUAUGCUGAUAACUUACUCAUAUGGGAGACUGGUCACACAAAUGAAGCUGAAUUGGCAUCGAGAGUCUGGGCACACAUUCCAACGCCACCUGGCAGGAGUAUAUGGAACGGGCAAUUCGCCCAGUUCGCAAACGAACCCGAGGGGCUUGCGGCUCGACGAUGGAUGCUAGAAGUCCCGAAUAGCAACCUCCUGCGAUUUUACCUUACAAGAAAUACUAAACGAAUUAUGGUAUAGAGCCCAAAAGCCACAGCCGAAGUUUUGGUGUCAAAAUGCGAUGACUAUGAAAGACAAACUCAAAUGAAAGACAAACUCAAAUGAAAGACAAACUCAAAUGAAAGAUGUGAUGGAGAAGAAAAUAGGACAAGGUCUUAUCCUCGCAGAAGGCGACCGCCAUAGAGUAAGUUUCUUAGACUCUCUGUCUCCGAGUAGAAUUAAAACAAUCAGGCAUGUCGAAUUAACAUGGACAUCCUGACGAAAGCAUCAACGAAAAGUUUUUAGACCAGCCUUCUCAUUCCGCCAUGUUAAGGGUCUUUAUUAGAUCUUUUAGAGCAAGGGGGUCGAAAUGACCAAAGCAAUGGAAAAUGAUUUCGAAACAUCCCGAAAGAACCCAAAAGCAAUUAGGAUCGCUGAUUUGGCGCAACGUACUACUACUCCGAGUGUUAUCGGACUUGCUGGAAUGGGCUAUGAUUUCAGCUCCAUCCAGAACCCGACAAGCAGGCUUAGUAUCGAAUGUGGAAAGAUUUUCCCACUGGUAUCAACUUUCACAUUGUUUGCCCAGUUUUUUUUCUCUCGUAUUAGCCCAAGACUUUUCACCCGCUUACCAAUAAAACACAACCGCGAUGUUCAAGAAGGUGGUCGAUACGUCUGAAACUUCUGCGAACGCCUUCUCCACGAUAAGCAGCAGAAGAUAGAGAAUAAAGAAGCUGGAUACAUAGAUAUAAUUUCUGUUGCGAUGGAAAGUGGGGAAUUUAUCCACCAAAUCAUGACGUUUCUUGCUGCCGGGCAUCAGUCAACAUCUGCUACUUUUCAACCUGUUAUUUAUGCCCUCUGCAAGUAUCCUGCAAUCCAAACUCGCCUUCGAGAAGAAGUUCGGUCCUCCCUGCCAUCGAUUUCACUUGACUCCCCAGCACCUAUUUCCGCCUCCCUCAUUGACUCCCUCCCCUAAAUACAUGCUGUUUGCAAUGAAACACUCCUCUUCUACCCCCCUCUCCCUAUUUACAACGUGAGGCGGUCAGAGACACGGUGUUGACACUUUCAUUCCAAAGUGACCCAUCAUUUCUAUUUCACCUGCAGUCACGGACCACGAUCCCGAACUGUGGGGACCAGAUGCGGGAAUAUUUAAUCCAGAGCGCUGGAUGGGCCCUGGAAAUGCCAAUUCAGGCGGUGCAACUAGCAACUAUGUAUUUGUUACACUUUUUCAUGGACCGCGGAGCUGUAUCGGAGCAGCAUUUGGACAGGCAGAGUUGGCCUGUUUGGUGGCGGUUACGGUUUGGAGAUUUGAAAUGGAGUUGUUGGAUCCAGGAAAGGAGCUUAGGAUCAAGCAUGGGCCUCUCGGAGUGCCAGAGGAUGGGGUAGUUGUGAAUUCGGGAUCGUACGGCAGAGAUCUACUACAUGUAUUUCAGAGUUCUCUAGAUCUAUAUCACUGAGUAUCUGAGCAUUAGAAAUUUGAGCCGUAGCAUUUCAACAAUCAGCUGGCGGCUGCUAUAGCGUAUAAUUUUAAAUAAGACUUUAAAUACCUGACUACCCGUACGGAUAGGCGGUGUGAAAUUUCCCUCUUAAUAUUCUGUAAAGGAAUUGAGUUACUCUGAUGUGACGGUUAUGUUGUAUGUAUCAUAGCGUACACUCUCAAUCUUUAAGACAAAAGGUGGACUCUUGGUCGUGUGCAAAAAGUCAGGUUUACCGAGCGUAAUUUCCAAUCCUUCAACGUUGAUUUGAAUUUAUCUCACUUCGGGCCGUGGCGAAGGCGGCAGAAUUGUAGGCUUGGACAUUCUGUCUGGUUAUAUGCGCGAUAGCGCACAAAAUGUACAUGUUACAUGUUAGUAUGCAUUCCACAUUGCCUCAACCUCCAUCCGAGACGCCCAAAAACAUCGCCAUCGCCCAAUGAAUCGCCCAAUCUGCUAGAACUGGACGAGCUCAAAGGCAUACGAUAAAGCCUUAUGGGGACGUGGCACUUCACUCUGAAGACCUGAUAGGAAACUGAGCAGCAGACUUGCGGCUCCACACCUUCGUUAGUGAUAUUGAUAUUGGUUUAUAUCCCUGAUAUGCAUAGGACGUCAGGUUACCUCAGAGGAGAGAUAUGGAUGGUCAGCAUGGCUUUACGCGGGGUGAGUUAAUGCCAUCGCUAAGGAUAGUUCGCCCGUUGUCGACUUCCGCAAGGUGCGUUUAAGACUUGAGGCUGCAUCAUGUCCCUCCCUAACUCUGGUACAUACAAGGUAGCAGAGCCGACAGAGCCGCCUCAUCCAUGACAAUUUCCAAUAUAUCCGACACUACUGUUUAGUCCGCCCACAACGAGAUGGGACAUGGAAUUUGGCGGGCCAACCACACCGAGAAGAAGUCGAGGAUGAAUGGCCACUAUGCAAAGCACUUCAAGUAGAGUCAAUAUCUGCUAGAAUGGGAUGGCUGUACGGAGUGGAAACCAAACUGAUGCUUUCAGCAGCCCUGUCAGGAGGGAAAACCUGUUCGCAAGGGAUGCUGGACCGGUUUUGGAGCCAUCUCAUGUAUGUAGUUGGGGCAGUUGAUAAAGUGAAAAAUUCCUUGGCUUCUGCGCUUCCUUUAUAUCCCCAUUGCCAUUUAUUUUCAAGACGAUACGCCUGUGUUGCGACCCACCGACAGCAGAGAUAACACGGCAAUGCCGUUUAGCAGAAGUUCAGUUCCGAAUGAAUUUUUUGCGUUCAUAAACCCAUAGUGGCGGAGAUCGAGAUCGAGGAAGAAGAAUGUGAAUUUCUUUUUCCUUCUUAAUAGUUCAAGCGUCGUGGAUGUAGCGAUUAGCAGAACAUGGCGGGCAUUUCUCGU